GCGCCCACCGCGCCGCGCGCCGCGCAGAUCCCAGUUCAAACAAAACUUAGGUCACACUUCUUUAUUUCCUUCCAGCUGAUCUCUCAAGAGGUGUCAGCUUUUUGUCGCUAGAUUCCUAGAGAAGUGCAACGUCGUUAAUGACUUUUUUGAGCUCCAAGUUGCUCUCAACAGCUUUGCGACUGAGUUUCAACAAGAUGAUAGGUUCUAAGGUACUGUUGUCAACUGCUCCUCCCGUCAAGGCUCCCAGCUCCAACAAGAAGAAUCACAUGAUUUGGUUCGACUUGGAGAUGACUGGCUUAGACCCCACAGUUGACCACAUUAUGGAAGCUGCUUGUCUUAUUACUGAUAGUGAGUUAAAUGUCAUUGGUGAUGGCGUCAACAUCAUAGUCCACCAACCCGAUGAUAUUCUAAAUAAAAUGAAUGAUUGGUGUAAAGAUCAUCAUGGGAAGUCUGGACUAACAGAGUCCUGUAAAAAAAGUAUUAUAUCAUUAUUGGAGGCUGAAGACUCUAUUCUUUCAUACUUACAGAAGCAUACCAUCAAAGGUGCUUCUGUGUUGGCUGGAAAUUCUGUAUAUAUGGACAGGAUGUUUUUGAUGAAGUACAUGCCGAGAGUAAAUGAACAUAUGCAUUACAGGAUUGUGGAUGUAUCUAGUGUAAAAGAACUGUGCAGAAGGUGGGCACCAAAAACCUAUGAUGCCACUCCAAAGAAGAAACUUGCCCACAGAGCUCUUGAAGACAUUAAAGAGAGCAUACAGGAACUCAAGUAUUACAAAAAUCAUUUAUUUAAACCAGAAUAGGUAAAAUGCUGUUAUGAAAUAAAUUUGGAAGAACUCUUUCA